AUGGUCCUGCGAGGGCUGGCUCUGUCCUUUCUCCUGGUCCUUGCACCUCAAUUGCCUGCAUGGAUACAGAAGGACCCUGGUUCCAAGAACCUGGGGAGAGCUGAGGAAGGAGGGAGGUGCCCAAAACCCCAGUGGGAUGAAAGACUCCAGUUUGUACCAAGCAAAAACAGUUAUGAAGAGAAUGAAGAACUGACGCUGAACUGCUCUGGAGAUCUCGAGCCGUCCUACACCAAGGUCAAAUGUGCAAGGGAAUUUCUGGGAAUCAGUUCUGGAGAAGCAGUCUAUGGAGAUGCCUGGUGGGGCACAAACAGCACAGGUGCCUGGACAUACAUUGAGAGAGCCGUAGAGUGUAUUGAAACGUGUAAAAGGCCCAGCUGGGACCCCAGACUCCAGCUGGCACCUGACCGGAAGAAUUACAGGAAAAACGAAGAAGUGGUGCUGAGCUGCCCCAAGGAUUUCCAGCCAUCCUUCACCCGCUUGAAGUGUUUAGGGGAAGACCAGACCAUAACCAGCUGGAAUCCUUUAUACAGAGACCUAUGGCUGGGAAGGGACGGCAGAGGUGACUGGAUCCACAUUCAGUCCAGGGUGGAGUGCAUCGGGGACUUCCAGAUUGUCCCUGGGACCUUGGAGAUUUCCAGCACCAGCAUCACACUGAACUGGACCUGCAGGCUCCCUGAUGCCUGCCAAUAUAUGCGGGCCACAUGCCGUCUGGCCUUGCCUGCCUCCCCUCCCUGUGAGGCUGAGGAGGUGCAGGGAGAGGAGAUGCUGCAAGGCCAGGAGGGAACAUUCACCUGUCCCCCUCUGCAGCCCUUCACUGUCUACAGUGUCACCAUCUCCUUGCCCCCUAACACGGUCCUGUACACGAAGCUUCUCACAACAAAGGAAACAGUGCCGGACAAACCGGAGAAUCUGUGGCUGGAUCCCAACACGGGGUGUCUCAAAUGGGAGCCAUUGCCCCCCUGCAAAGGGAAGAUCAUCGGAUACCAGCUAAACAUCACGGCCGAGAGAGCACACGAUGGCAGCUUCCUUGAGUUCAAGCAGGUGGUGGUGAACCAGUCUGUCACUCAGUACAUGCCACCUCGUCAGGCACCUGGAAGUAAAUACAUGGUGGCAGUGCAGGGCCUCACGGCGGCUGGUGCUGGGGCUGCAUCAAUCCUGGAAUUUCAGACCUACGUCUCAGGGCAGCCUCCGGGCCCAUGGCCAGGGACGGUGGUCACAGUGGUGGUGGUAGUGGUGGUUCUGGUCGCCCUGUCUGCAGGGAUCCUGUGGUUUGUGCUGUCCAGGAGAAGGAAGGCCUUGCCCAGCAAAGUUGAAGAGGACCACUACACAGAGCUCCAGCCUUAUGAGAACGUGGAUAACUACUGUGUGGUCAAGGGCACUCUUCUGGCAGAGGAAGAAGCAGGUAAAGGUGGCCAGGCUGGAGAGAUGUUGCCUCAGACCCCGCCGGUCCUGGAGUCCUCAAGAGACAGUCAGAGUAGUGAGGGAGAGGAGAAGAUGAGGCUGAAGGCCCCAGCUCAGUGCUGA